AUGGCAGAAAUGCAGGGGCUCAUGGAAAGACUGGAGCGGGCUAUCGGCCGACUGGAGCUGUUGUCUGCAGGGUCACACAGGCCUCCUGGGGACUGCGGGGAAGUUAACGGUGUCAACGGAGGUGUGGCACCCUCUGUGGAGGCCUUCGACAAGCUGAUGAACAGCAUGGUGGCUGAGUUUUUAAAGAAGAGUAGGAUCCUGGCUGGUGACGUGGAGACCCAUGCAGAAAUGGUGCAUAGUGCUUUCCAGGCCCAGCGAGCUUUCCUUCUGAUGGCCUCUCAAUACCAGCAACCCCAAGAGAACGACGUGGCUGCACUUCUGAAACCAAUAUCGGAAAAGAUUCAGGAGAUCCAGACUUUCAGAGAGAGGAACCGGGGGAGUACGAUGUUUAAUCAUCUCUCAGCCGUCAGCGAAAGCAUUCCCGCCCUUGGGUGGAUAGCCGUGUCCCCCAAACCUGGUCCUUAUGUCAAGGAGAUGAACGACGCGGCCACCUUUUACACUAACAGGGUCUUAAAGGACUACAAACACAGUGAUCUACGUCAUGUGGAUUGGGUGAAGUCUUAUCUGAACAUUUGGAGCGAGCUUCAAGCAUACAUCAAGGAACACCACACCACAGGCCUUACUUGGAGCAAAACAGGUCCGGUCGCAUCAACUGCAUCAGCAUUGUCUGUCCUCUCCCUUGGGCCUGGCCUUCCUCCACCCCCACCUCCCCCGCCUCCUCCAGGGCCACCUCUGCUUUUUGAGAGUGAGGGCAUAAAAGAAGCAUCCUCUCCUUCACGCUCAGCUUUAUUUGCACAACUUAACCAAGGGGAGGCAAUUACGAAAGGACUCCGGCAUGUUACAGAUGAACAGAAGACAUACAAGAAUCCCAACCUACGGGCUCAUGGAGGACAAUCUCCAUCUCCUACCAAAAGCCACACUCCAGGCCCCGAGUCUCCCCAGUCUCAUCCUCCUAAGAAACAUGCUCCUGUGUUACAGCUAGAAGGGAAGAAAUGGAGAGUGGAACACCAAGAGGACAGGAAUGACCUUGUGAUUUCAGAGACUGAACUGAGACAGGUGGCAUACAUUUUCAAGUGCGGCAAGUCUACUCUGCAGAUAAAAGGGAAAAUAAAUUCCAUUAUAAUUGACAACUGUAAGAAGUUUGGCCUGGUGUUUGACAAUGUGGUGGGCAUUGUGGAAGUGAUCAACUCCAAGGACAUCCAAAUGCAGGUAAUGGGGAAAGUGCCAACAAUUUCCAUUAAUAAGACAGAAGGCUGCCACAUAUACCUCAGUGAAGAUGCGUUAGACUGUGAGAUUGUGAGUGCCAAGUCAUCUGAAAUGAAUAUACUUAUCCCUCAGGAUGGUGAUUAUAGAGAAUUUCCUGUUCCUGAACAGUUCAAGACAGCCUGGGAUGGAGCCAAGCUAAUCACUGAACCUACAGAAAUCAUGGUUUCAGAGAGACCACCAAAGCCCCUGACCUGA